AGCACAAACCCAAACGCAGCACAAAUAAAAAGGGUGAAAAUUUUCACAGCAAAAGGCAUUAGCACGAAGCUUAUCUCUGCAGUGAGUCCCACUACACCAAUGGGCGAGGAAGAGAAAAAACCAGAGGAAACCAAAGUGGAGGAGAAAAAAGCAGAGGAACCCAAGGAGGAGAAGAAACCCGAGCAAGACAAAAAACCAGAGGAGUCAAAAGAUGAAAAGGAAUCCAAGGAGGAGGAAUCUGCGCCGCCACCGCCAGAAAUCGUGCUUAGAGUCUUCAUGCAUUGCGAGGGUUGUGCUCGCAAGGUUCGUCGCUCCCUCAAAGGAUUCCCAGGGGUGGAAGAUAUUCUAACGGAUUGCAAGUCUCACAAGGUGGUGGUGAAAGGCGAAAAGGCGGAUCCGCUGAAGGUUCUAGAAAGAGUACAGAGGAAGAGCCACAGAAAGGUUGAGCUUCUCUCUCCUAUCCCAAAACCACCAGCGGAAGAAGAGAAAAAGCCCGAAGAGGAAGAGAAGCCCAAACCAGAGGAGAAGAAAGAAGAGGUUAUCACAGUGGUUCUGAAAGUCCACAUGCAUUGCGAGGCGUGCUCGCAGGAAAUCAAGAGACGGAUCGAGAAAAUGAAAGGGGUGGAGUCAGUGGAAGCAGAUCUGAAGAGUUCAGAGGUGAGCGUGAAGGGGGUGUUCGAGGCAGAGAAGCUGGUGGAGCACGUGUCGAAGAGGACAGGGAAGCAUGCAGUGAUAGUGAAGCAGGAGGCAGAGAAGAAGGAGGGAGAAGGAAAAGAAGAGAGCAAAGGGGAGAAGAAGGGAGAGGAAGGUGAGAAGAAGGAGAAAGAGAAUGGUGAAGGAGAAGAGAAGAAGAAGAAAGAAGGAGAAGGUGAAGGAAAAGCAGAAGAAGGAGGCACAGAAGAAAACACAGUGAUGGAGCUGAAAAAAAGUGAGUAUUACUACAACCCUCCAAGGUAUGGAAUGGAGUUCUAUGCAUACCCUGGACCAGCUUACCCUCCCCAGAUCUUCAGUGAUGAGAACCCCAAUGCCUGUUCUGUCAUGUAAAAAUGGAGGAAUGAGAGGGGUAAUACUGGAAGAAUUUUAGUGAUUGAUUGGUAUAUCCUGAGAUAUAGAUGUGCCUCCUUCUGUACUUUUUCUGCUAAAUCAAAAACUGAAAUGAAAAAAAUCUACACAUAAGCUGUGGAGUUUUGUAAUGGUUGUACUUUUCCUAAACUCAUAGCAUUAUAUGAAUUAUGUAUAUGGAAAUGUAUAAGUGAAAGGUAAUUACAAAUUUGAAUGUUUUUGUUGCAUUGCA